UUCCAAAUUCAAAUCCAUACGGCAAAAACGCGAGAGCAAGAGCCAGAGCCAGAGCCAGAGGGUGAGAAAAAGAGAAAAGAACAGAAAAUAAUGGUAGGGUGGGCUAUAGCUGUGCAUGGAGGCGCUGGUGUGGAUCCGAAUCUUCCCGCUGAGCGGCAAGAACAAGCCAAACAACUCCUCAAUCGCUGCCUGAAUCUCGGCAUAUCUGCUCUUCGCUCCAAUUUCUCAGCCAUUGAUGUCGUUGAACUUGUGGUGAGAGAGUUGGAAACUGAUCCCCUGUUCAAUUCUGGGCGGGGAUCGGCUCUCACGGCAAAAGGAACGGUGGAGAUGGAGGCAAGCAUUAUGGAUGGACCUAAGAGAAGAUGCGGUGCCGUAUCUGGAUUAACAACGGUAAAGAACCCUAUCUCUCUUGCUCGUCUCGUCAUGGACAAAUCUCCUCACUCGUAUAUUGCCUUCGACGGUGCAGAGGAAUUCGCAAGAGAACAGGGCGUUGAGUUGGUGGAGAAUCAGUACUUCGUGACGGCCGAAAACGUUGGAAUGCUAAAAUUGGCCAAGGAAGCAAACUCCAUCCUGUUUGAUUAUAGAAUCCCAAAAGUCGGACUGGAAAGCUGCAGUGUGGGUGCAGGUGCCAUGGACAGCCCCUUGCAAAUGAACGGGCUCCCAAUAAGCGUAUACGCACCGGAAACAGUUGGCUGCGUGGUUGUGGACAGUGAGGGACGAUGCGCUGCAGCCACUUCAACAGGGGGACUGAUGAAUAAAAUGAGUGGGAGAAUUGGCGACUCCCCGCUUAUCGGUGCUGGAACGUAUGCCUGUGAAUUGUGUGCAGUGUCGUGCACUGGAGAAGGGGAGGCCAUCAUACGUGGAACUCUGGCUCGUGACGUGUCGGCAGUGAUGGAAUACAAGGGUCUGGAGCUGCAAGAGGCGGUGGAUUUUGUGAUAAAAGAAAGGCUUGAUGAAGGACAAGCUGGGCUGAUUGCGGUUUCUAAGAAAGGUGAAGUUGCAUGUGGGUUUAACACAAAUGGAAUGUUCAGGGGCUGUGCAACCGAGGAUGGAUUCAUGGAGGUUGAUAUAUGGUAGUUUAUAAGUUAAUAGCAUUUGUCAUUUAUAUUUCACAAGACUUUCGCUAUUAAAAUGGACUAUUUAUUAUGUACA